AUGGACCUGGAGGACGAUCCUCUGUUAUUCCAGACCAGCUGGCGCGUCCGGGAGGAAGACGAGGAAGAGGAGCCGGAGCGGGGCGAGGAAGAGCCGGCGGUGCACACGGCCCUUGGGGGCCCCGGCUGCUCGGGGGGGCCCCGGGGCUGCGGCGUGUGGAGUGUGGUGGGCUGCGUGUACACCCGGCCCUGGGCCAGCGGGCUGGUCCUGGGGCUGGGCUUCCUGCUGCCCUGCGCCCUGUCGGCCUACAUGUUCCUCUACUGCCCCCCGCUGGACAUCGACCUGUCCUACGGCGCCUUCGAGGUCCACAGCCACUUCUCGGCCCAGCGCUUCGACGCCCUUACCGCCGCCGUGAAGACGCAGCUCGGCUCCUGGGACCGGGAGCGGCGCCGGCGCCGCGACGAGGGGGGGGACGCUGGGGAGGACCUCCGGGACCUGCUGCUGCAGACGCUGGGGAGACGGGGAGACGGGGGGCCGGCCCAGGGAGAGGGGAACCUGACGGGCUGGAGGCAGGAGGGGAGACGGGAUGGAGGGGAGAUGAGCAGACCCCGGGAGGAGGAGGAGGAGGAGGGGGAGGAGGGGGAGGGGGAGGAGGAGGAGAGAGACACAACAGGGAGGGAGGCCGUGGACCACGACGGGACGCCGGCUGACGGAGGAGGCGUGUCCCCAUCGCGGAGGCGGCGAUUGGCCCCGGGGUACUCGUACCUGCAGAGCCAGGCCCUGUGGAGGGUGGAGCUGGUCUUCGUGGCCCAGGGGAGCGGCCAGCGCAACAUCUUCACGCCCGGGCGCCUGGCCACUGUGCACCGCGUGGAGCGCCUGCUCAUGACGCACCCCCGCUUCACGGCGUUCUGCUGGAAGCCCCUGGAGGCGCUGAGGGACCUGCCGCUGGGGCCCUCCUACUGCUCCCCGCCCAGCUCCCUGCUGUCCUACCUGUUCCCCAGCGAGCGCGCCGGCAAGAUCUUCUACGACGGCAUGGGCCCCGACCUGGCCGACAUCCAAGGUGCCCUAAGGCUGGCCAUCACACACCCACAGUUCUACUGGUACGUGGACGACAGCCUGAGCCCCGAGCGCCUGUCCUCCAGCCUCCUCCGCAGCGAGGUCCACUUCGGAGCACCCCUCCCCUCCUUCUCCUCUACCCAGGACCGGCCCGAGGAGCAGAGGAGACGCUUCAAGGAGUUUGUGGUCCAGUAUGCCUCAAUGCUGGCCAAGCAGUCCACCAGUGAGGUGAAGGUGCUGUUCGGGGGGACGGAGCUGUUUGACGACGAGGUGCGGACCACCUUCCACAAUGACAUGAGGCUGGCCCUCAUCAGCGGGGUCUGCAUCGCCGCCCUGGUCUUCGUGCUCACCUCCUUCUCAGUGUUCCUCACGUUCUUCGGGCUGAUAAGCAUCGGGCUGAGCUGCCUGGUGGCUCUGUUCCUGUACCACGUGGUCUUUGGUGUGCGUUACCUCGGCAUUCUCAACGGAGUGGCCGCCUUCGUCAUUAUCGGCAUUGGAGUGGACGACGUGUUCGUGUUCAUCAGCACCUUCCGCCAGGCGUCCCACCUGGAGGACCACGUGGAGCGAGCCAUCUACACGGUGAAGACGGCGGGCCGUGCCACCUUCCUCACCUCCUUCACGACUGCCGCGGCGUACGCGGCAAACACCUUCUCCCAGAUCCCAGCCGUGCAUGACUUUGGCCUGUUCAUGGCCCUCAUCGUGAGCUGCUGCUGGCUGUGGGUCUCCAUCCUGGUGCCUGCCGCUCUGUGCAUCUGGAGCCAGGGGGUCGCCGUCCGGGAGGAGGCCUGGCUGAGAUGGUGGAAGUCGCUUGCCUCCCUGUCAGCGAGCCACAGCCCUUUAUCCGACGAAGAUGACGACGUGGCGCUCCUGUCGGUGGAGAUGGAGCCAGGGACCUGUGAUCCGGACAGCGAUGCUGCCAUCCUGCUGGUGUCGGUGGAGACGGGCCCCCCUCCCGCGGGGGGGCACUGCGCGGGCGUGGUCAGCACGCGGCUCCUGGGGGUCCUGAAGCACCUGGUGGCGGAGCCGGUGGUGAAGAGACACAGAGCCGUCGUGGGGGCCUACUUCCUGGUUCUCCUCCUAUCGGCGGGCUGUUGCUGCCUGAUGCGACCGGCCACACAUGCCCCCCUGCUAUUCAGACCAGACACCAACCUGCAGACACUCCUGGCUCUCAGGAGCAACCUCAGCGGCCAGGGCAUCUCCUGCCCCACCUGCUCCGGUGUGUUCAUGGAGAAGCCCCACCUCCUCUCCUCUCACGCCAGCUCCUCCUCGCUGAGGGCCAGCGCCCGGGCGCAGACCCGGCCCGGCGCCCGCCUCACGUCUCCGGAGACCCUCGCCAAGACCACCAACACCUCAGUGCAGUCCGUUUACAGUUCACAGUGUUCCUCGACAGGUCCUUUGCUGACGGUGUUUGUCUCCAGGCUGGAGGUACGAGCCUCCACCCCCCUCUACCGCUUCUCCCUGAACGCCAGCACCCCCGCCCCCUGGACGGCCCCUCGCCCGGACAAUGGGGAGGUCUCGUCGUUCCAGGCGUAUCAUCAAGCCCACAGGAAGUUCAGCAGCCGGAUGACUGUGUGCGUUUCCCGCGUGUACCAGCCCCACACCAGCUGGAUGCUGACGGCCGGCGCUUGCGAGCCGCGCCAUGGCUGGACGCCCGAGUUCUCCUUCUUCGCCUCGCUUGCCCGACAGGAGCAUAGCAGGAGACUGUUCUUCGCUCAGCACCGGCUCCGGCCCCACUGCAGCCGGGUGUGCAGCGACCCCCCUGGCUGUGGGAUCAGCUCAGUGCCUGAGGGACCCACCCAGGGCACUUUCUACUCCCCGCUCCCCAGCGAUCCAGAGUUGGUCGGCGCUACGAAGCCAUUGUCCAAGACCUUGGGUUUCAACCCGUGCAGUGGCGGGGUGUGCGGGCCUCCGGCCGUGAGGCCCCUGGUCGACACAGGAGCCAUGGUGUUCGUGGUGUUCGGCAUCCUGGGGGUGAACCGGACCCAGCGGACGGACAACCACGUCAUCGGGGACACGGGCCGGGUGAUAUUGGAUCCCGACUUUGAUAUUUUCCAGGAGAUGGGACAUCUUUGCAAAAUCUGCAAAGCCAUUAGUGCCAAUAAGCAGCUGGUGAAGCCAGGAGGAGCCCAGUGCCUUCCCUCAGGUAACAAGCUGUCCUCCAUCCUGCCACUGCUGCACCCUGAGUGCCAGGCCCUCCCAGAGCCCAACCUGCUGCCCGGCCAGCUGUCCCACGGCGCCGUGGGCAUGCGCCGCGGCAAGGUGCUCUGGCUCUCCAUGGCCUUCGAGUCGACGACCUACAAGGGCAAGUCGUCCUUCCAGACCCACGCAGACUUCCUGCAGUGGGAGACCUUCGUGAGGGACCUGCUGGCCACCCUGCCGCCGUCCUCCGCCCUGCACCGCGGCUUCCAGACCUGCGAGCAUUGGAAGCAGAUCUUCAUGGAGAUCAUCGGGGUGGAGAGCGCCCUCUGGAGUCUCCUGCUGUCGCUGGCCAUCUGCGUGGCGGCCGUGUCCGUGUUCACAGCUCACCUCCUCCUCCUGCUGCCCAUCCUCCUCACUAUCCUGGGGGUGGUGUGUGUGGUGGUGGCCAUCAUGUACUGGCUGGGCUGGGAGCUGGGCGCGGUGGAAGCCAUCUCCUUGUCCAUCCUGGUUGGCUCGUCGGUGGACUACUGUCUGCACCUGGUGGAAGGGUUCCUGCUGGCUGGGGAGAGCAUGGCCUCCUGGCCCGACAACAGCCUGGAUGCUCCCGCCAAGAGGCAGAGGCGGGCCUUGGAGGCAGUCAACCACGUGGGCGUGGCCAUCGUGUCCAGCGCCGUCACCACGGUGAUCUCCACGGUUCCGCUCUUCUUCUGCGUCAUUGUGCCUUUCGCGAAGUUCGGCCAGAUCGUGGCCAUCAACACGGCGGUGUCCAUCGCCUUCACGCUGACUGUCACCGUGGCCCUGCUGGCAUGCGUGGGCCCAGCCGGGUUCUCCCGGCCCCGGGGGGCCGUGCUGAAGGCCAGCCUGGCCGUGUCGACGGCCGUGGCCCUCGGGGCCGGGCUCUGCUGGGCGGGGGGCCGGCUGGGGUCCCUGGCCUGGCCCCCCGUCACCCUGUGA